AAAUUCAUUUGUAAACGAAGAAAACGAUUAGAUGGGAAGCUCUGGACGUUUAGCUAUUGGUAGAGCUGUCCGUGGAGGCGGUGCAUUUUGGAUGCUUCUGUUGAGGCCUCCUCCUCUUCCUCCUCCGCUCUCCGCUCUCCGAUUCACUCGUUGAGUUCUAUCUCCGCUUUUCCUGGCGAUCUUUUGACCUUCUUUUUUUGGGUCACGAUCUUCCUCUCUUUUGUUGCCUGGAUGGUGACCUGUGAUUACAUGACCGUCAACGGGAAUGCGUUUUGCAAGAUGGCAGACGAUUACAUCAGGAGGCACCAUAUGCACGAUGUCAAAGACCACCAGUGUAGCUCCUCUCUCGUUAAACACAUCAAAGCUCCUGUUCAUCUCGUGUGGUCUUUGGUUAGGAGAUUUGAUCAACCGCAGAGGUAUAAGCCGUUUGUUAGUAGGUGCAUUGUGCAGGGAGGCCUUCAGAUUGGAAGUGUUAGGGAGGUGAAUGUUAAGUCAGGACUUCCAGCUACCACUAGCACUGAACGAUUGGAGCUGCUGGAUGAUGAAGAGCAUAUAUUUAGGAUGACCAUUGUUGGGGGAGAUCAUCGGCUUAAGAACUACUCUUCAAUCAUUACUGUCCAUGCAGAGGUCAUUGAUGGGAGACCAGGGACAGUGGUCAUUGAGUCAUUUGUUGUUGAUGUGCCGGAUGGGAACACCAAGGAUGAAACAUGUUACUUUGUUGAGGCUCUAAUCAAAUGCAACCUGAAGUCACUGGCUAAUGUGUCGGAGCGUUUGGCUGUGCAAGACCGAACUGAGCCCAUUGACAGAAUCUGACGUAUGUGGGGCAGACUCCCAGUGCGGUGGGUUCUGUUUAUGCUAGUGGAAAAUGUGAGGUUUCUUUUGUCAGAAGCAGAUGGGGAGUUUUGCAUCCCAGAGGCAAUGUCAACUUUUCUUUUUCUUUAUACUUUAUGCUUACUCUCUUUUCACUACUUGGAUAUCUUGUCUAUAGUAGCUGACAAUUAAGUUCAUCCGGGGCCAUAUGUUUCCUAAAUGAAACUAGAAAUUAAAUUUUUUUUUACUUUGUGGUUUUUUAAUACUUUAAUAAUGGGGUAUGUAUUGACCUCUGAUUGUAUAUAUGUAUGCAUUGGGAUAAUUGGCUCAAUCAUUUAUUUUGCGUAUUCGGAUAUGAAACACACACUUCUUGGCACCGUCCAUGGAAA